AUGCUUGCACUACAUGCCGUCACACUUCGUCUCUGGCUCGACGUGACGGCACCAGCUCUCGUCACCUGCGAAGAUCCACCCCAGGAAGGCAGGGUCCUCAUAAUGCCAGGACAGAUUACUUUUGCUGAGCUUCUUCGAAGCCCACUGCACACACGCCUUCCGGUACUGUACACAACUCCCUGCACUGUUGCAACAGUGGCCUCCACAGUCACUGCUAACACUUGCAUUAUGACAAGCCAAUCAAGGUCGUUCACCUUGUCGCUACAUUUUCUUGUUUUAUUCUUUUGUUCUUUAACAUAUCUGGAUACCUGGAAACAAAUGGAGGAGUGUGUUCGCCUUGGUCUUACGAAGAGUGUUGGUGUAUCCAAUUUCAACAGCAAACAACUAGCUAGAUUACUAGAAGUUGCAAAGAUCAAGCCAGUCACCAAUCAGAUUGAAUGUCAUGCUUACCUCAACCAGAAGAAAUUAAUUCAGUUUUGCAAGGAAAAGGACAUUGUUAUUACAGCAUACAGUCCACUUGCAAACCCCUCCAUGAAAAUGCCAGAGGGUGAGGUCCCACUCAUGCAGAAUCCAAAGAUGAAGGAGCUUGCUGACAAAUAUGGAAAGUCAAUUGCUCAAGUUCUUUUGAGAUACUUGAUUCAAAUUGGCACAGUUCCAAUACCAAAAUCUGUCCACAAGGAAAGAAUUAAGGAGAACUUCAAUGUUUUUGAUUUUGAGCUGAAUGCUGAAGACUUAGCUUGCAUUGACACGUUCAAUAAGAACUACAGGGUUUGCGCAUUUAAUGAGACCAAAGCUGCCAUACACUACCCAUUCUAUGAAGAGUUCUGAAGUCCAUAAAUUUCAAAACUUGAUGUGAAGUAGCACAUCAUGACAACUGCCUGAUUCGCAGAUUAAACAUCUUAAUUUAAUCAGUAAAAUAUUUCAUAAUUAUAUGUAAUAGAUGUCAUGAUAUUUGUUUGUUUCCAUUGUUGUUGUAAUACCAUGUUCCAUGUAUUACAUGUACAAUCAAAUAUUAUUUUGAAAUA